GAGAGAUGGAAGUAAGCCAAGAAGCUAAGGUAAUGGAGAGCAAAGGGAGAUUUAGGAGGAUAUGUGUCUUCUGUGGGAGCAAGUCAGGCAACAAAAAGUCCUUUGCUGAAGCAGCUGUUGAGCUUGGAAAGCAAUUGGUGGAGAAAAAUAUAGACCUUGUUUAUGGUGGCGGAAGUGUAGGCCUGAUGGGUUCGAUAUCCAGGACUGUGUUUGAUGGCGGCUGCAGUGUUCUUGGAAUCAUUCCGACUGCUCUCCUGCCAAAUGAGAUAUCAGAGGAGACUUACGGGGAGGUGAUCAAGGUAGCAGAUAUGCACGAGAGGAAGUCAGAAAUGGCUAAGCAUGCCGAUGCCUUCAUAGCCCUGCCAGGUGGCUAUGGAACCAUGGAGGAACUCAUGGAGAUAAUAGCUUAUGCUCAACUUAAGAUCCAUGACAAACCAGUAGGAUUGCUCAAUGUGGAUGGAUACUAUGAUGACUUACUCACACUGUUCGACAAGGGAGUGGAUCAAGGGUUCAUAGACGACCAUGCAAGGCAAAUUGUUAUUGCAGGAGAGACAGCAGUGGAGCUUCUUGAGAAAAUGGAGGGGUACGUACCAGCCAGCAGUUCAUGAGAGGGUUGAGCCGGAAAUGGCUGAGCAAGUGGCCCAGUUGGUGAUGAAGCAGAGGCUACAAGUGUAUAUCAGUCUCAACAUCAAUUAUUAGGGUUCAUAUAUAUAUAAAUAUAUAUAUGUGUGUGGUACUGCCUAGCCCUCCUAUUUCCAAUGAUUGUUGUACUGAGAAGUAGUGACAAAGGCAGUUUGGUUGCCUUUGAAGGGGGAUUAAUUAUGAGCAUCAACUUGUUUAAGCAAUGAAGAAAUUGAUCUGAUCUAUUCUUCUUUUCUUAA